GACCUUUGAGAUUUUCUAGCGUGGAAAAAUAGAAGUUGUCGAGAAGAAGUUGUAAGUACAGAUUGAGAAGACUUUUGAACUUAUAAUAGCAUGCAUGGUUGUCGGCAAAGAAGUUGUCGAGAAGUUUCACUUGAUCCCACUUCUGAGAUAUUUAUGUAUGGGGGAAUUAAAUUGGUGAAGCCCAACUAGCUAGCUAGCCAUAAUGGGAAGAAUGACUUGAUGAAGGAAGUUGCCAACAACUUUCUUCUUUUAUUUAUUUAUUUUUAGGAAUUAUUGCAUGACAAUCAUCAUUACUGUAUUUUCUUGUUUUUUGUAAUCAUGUCGACGACUUCAGGCACUCAUUGUUGACCGCAAAAGGCUUACUUUCAGCUUGUAGUCGCUACUGAUCAGCCUUAAUUUCAUACAUUGUAAUUUCUUCCAUGGCCUUGCGAGCAGCUUUUUCCUCUUUCUCUACUUCUUUUUCUUUCAGUACCCCUAAAUGGGCUUACGAUGUGUUCUUGAGUUUUAGAGGUGAAGAUCUUCGACAAAACUUUAUUUCUCAUCUAUAUGAUGCUUUGUGUCGAAAGGGAAUCAAUACUUACAUUGAUGAACAUCUUGAAAGAGGGAAGGAAAUUUCACCAGGACUUCUCAAAGCUAUUGGGGAGUCAAGGAUUUCGAUUAUCGUUCUUUCUGAAAACUAUGCAUCAUCCACAUGGUGUUUAGACGAGCUGACGAAGAUUCUCGAGUGCAAAGAAAUGAAACAACAAAUUGUUAUACCAGUAUUUUACAAAGUGGAUCCAUCAGUAGUACGGAACCAAAAGGAAAACUAUGGAGAGGCAUUGGCGAACUACAAAGACAAGUUGAAUGAUGAUACGAAGGUGGAUACCUGGAAGUCUGCGCUGAAAGAAGUGGCCAAUUUGUCUGGGUUCCAUUUAAAGAAGAAUGGGAAUGAAUCUGAAUUUAUCCAUAGAAUCAUUCAACUGGUGGACUCAAAAAUAAUAAAUCAGACGUACUUUGAGGUUGCUAAUCAUCCAAUUGGAGUGGAGUCUCGCAAGCUGCAUGUAUAUUCCCUUUUAAGGAUCGGAAAGAAUAAUAUUGUACAUAUGGUAGGGAUUUUCGGAGUUGGUGGAAUUGGAAAGACAACUAUUACGAAAGCAGUAUAUAACACAAUUUCUUCUAAAUUUGAAGGUAGUUGCUUCUUGAAAAACAUUAGAGAAACUUCGAAGAGCGAGUAUGGUCUGGUCCAACUGCAAGAGACUCUUCUCUCUAAUAUCCUAGGAGAACCUUCGGUUCAUGAUAUUGGCAACAUUGAUAGAGGAAUCAAUGUGAUAAAGAAUAGACUUCGUUGUAAAAGAGUUUUUAUAGUUCUUGAUGAUGUGGAUGAUUGGGGACAAUUGAAAGCUUUGGCCGGAAAUCGUGAUUGGUUUGGUUUAGGAAGUAGAAUCAUUAUAACAACAAGGGAUCGAAAUUUACUGAGUAAUCAUGAAGUUGAUGCAACAUAUGAAGUGGAGGAAUUGAACCAUUAUGAAGCUCUAAAGCUAUUUAGUUCGUGUGCCUUUGAAAGAGAGAAACCGCUUGAUCAUAAUUACUUGGAACUUUCCAAACGUCUAAUACGUUAUGCAGGGGGCCUUCCUUUAGCUUUGGAAGUGCUUGGUUUGGAUCUACGUGGUAGAAGUAUACAUGAAUGGGAAAGUGCUUUGAAAGAAUACAAAAGAAUUCCUCACCAGAAGAUUCAAAAGAUACUUAGAAUGAGCUAUGAUGAUUUGCGUGAAAGUGAGAAGAAUAUUUUUCUUGACAUUGCAUGUUUCUUUAAGGGAGAGAACGUAGAUUAUGUUGUGAAAAUAUUGGAUAGUUGUGGUUUAAAUCCAAAUAUUGGAAUAAAAAAACUGAUGGAUAAGUGUCUCAUUACCAUUGAUGCUUGUAAUAAAUUUGAGAUGCAUGACUUGCUACAAGAUAUGGGUAGAGAAAUUGUUCGAGAAGAAUCACCAAAAGAGCCCGGUGGACGUAGUAGAUUGUGGUAUCACGAAGAUAUUUGCCAUGUACUUGAAGAAAAUACGGGAACAGAACAAAUUGAAGGCAUACUGAUAGAUUUACCUAAAGAAGACUUGAUAUGCUCGAGUUUGGAGGCAUUGAUGAAGAUGAAAAACCUGAGAUAUUUCAUAAAUCGUAAUGCACGCUUCUCUGAGGCUCCUAGUUAUCUUUCUAACGAGUUAAGAGUGCUCAAUUGGUUGGAAUAUCCUUCACAAUCGUUGCCAUAUAGUUUCCAUGGAAAUAAGCUAGUUGAUCUUCGAAUAAGUGAUAGCCUCUUCAAGGAAUUGGGAGUGGGAUUGCAGAAUUUCCAGAACUUGGCCAGAAUGGACUUCUCUCGUUCUGAAUUUCUGACAAAAAUCCCUGAUCUUUCUCGGAUUCCAAAUUUAGUGUGGUUGGAUUUUUCUGAUUGUACAAACUUAGUUGAGGUGCAUGCUUCUGUUGGAUCCCUUAAUAAGCUUGAGCAUCUCUCAUUUGCAUGUUGCACUAAGCUUACCAGUUUGCCAACAAGCCUCAAGUUUAGGUAUCUUAAAUGCCUCCGGGUUGAAGGUUGCUUAAGACUUCAAAAUUUCCCUGAAAUCAAGUUUGAAAGGGAAUGUUUAAGGAACCUUAGUUUAGCAAACACCGAUAUAAAAGAAUUGCCUUUAUCCAUUGGGCACCUCUCUGGGCUUGGAGUAUUAGAUCUAAGUGGCUGCAAAAAUCUUGUGCAUCUCCCGACUGGCAUUCUUCGAUUUCGACAUCUGAAGGCUCUUCGUCUCACUGGUUGUUCAGAACUUGUUUUAAUUCCAAAUAACUUGAAGGAUGAUUGUUGCUCAAUAGACCUUCCGGAGCUGGAAUCUUUGAAUCUUGAAAAGUGUCACCUGCCAGACCCAGAUAUCCUGAUGAGCUUCAAUCGCUACUUUACUCUGCGGCGUUUAAAUCUAUCAGGGAGUGAUAUUAUUAGGCUUCCUGAAAGCUUGAACAAGUUUGAUGAGUUGAGGACCCUUGAGUUAAAGAAUUGCAAGAAACUUCAAGAAAUUCCUGCACUGCCACCAAAAAUAAAAGUCGUAAACGCAACUGGAUGCAUGUCAUUGGAAAGAUUUCCAGACGGAUUUAAAAUACCUCACUUCUUUAAAAGUCAACCACGAGACCCACGAUGGACUAAGCUGGCACAAAAUUCCAAUGGUGGUAUCCAUCUUGCUCAUUCGUCUCUAGCAGGCACAAAAUUUCAACAAUGAGGUUUUGUUGAAAUUUAUUGAUAUAUUUUUGUUUUGAGUUGAGAUGGGUUGAGAGUGUUUGUUUUUGUUUUCUUUUCAAUUUAGUUUUGAACUUCUUUGAAUCUAAUUUCUCUUUCUUUCUUUUUUUUUCCUGAUCUGCAGAAUUUUCAGAACUUGAAGUUUACGAGUUUUUCUGAUUGUAAAGUCCUAACAAAAUUAUAAUCCAUCAAAUAUGUAGAAGCCGACCAGGUAUUGUGUUUCAAAGGAUACUGAUCAUGAUCCAUUCUGCAGAAUCAUCUGCAUUUUUUGCAUGAUAAAUGUUUCUGUGUGUGAUGUAUUCCAAGACAUCUGCUGUUAUGCUUUUCAAAAAGAUGCUGUGUGAGGAUUGUAUAUAUGUUUGGUUGGAUAUAUAUAUAUAAUUUGGCCCCAAAAGGCAUACUUUCUUGUA